AUGGCACGACGUUUGGUAUCGUACAGUGACCUUGUUGAUGAAGCCGAUGCGUCUUUGGAUGCGCAUGGGGUGGUAGGUGGAUCAAAGAGAAAGCGUGGACAGGCAGUUGGAGGUUUAAAGCAUUGGGACGAUCCAUCUUCAUCGUUGGACGGAGCAAAGGACGAUGGAGCGGAUCAAGUGGAUGCGAUUCAAGAGGGCUUGGAUGAAGGGACUGGAGAGGGGUAUGUAUGGAAGUACGACGAGUGGGGACGACUUGCAGGGGAUACCACUACUCCCGUCGAGCAAGAUUAUGAUUUCGAUGUGCCGUUUUCCAUCCCAUCACCUCCCCUUGCCUACUCUGACUUCAAAGUGCAAGAGGAUGUGGAAGAAAUCACACACCGCCCUCCUGUUGAGGUGGGAGGAGGCGGUCGAACGCUACUGCACUCGGAAAUCUGGUCGGCCUCGGCCAUUGUCGAUGCAUUCAAAGCCGCACACCACCAGUAUCUCGCACACCACAUCCCCACCAACACCAACGCAGCCCCCGCAUCAGCACUGUGGACACAAGCUCCUCACCACAAAAGCCUCCUUGCACAACAAGUCAAAGCCGACACACUGCAAAUCCUCGCCCAAAACAAACCCUCCUCAAAGUCAAAUCAAUCCUCGACAACAUCACAUCAAUCCACCGCUACCCACGUCCCAGCCGCAGACAUGGACGGAAACACCGCCUGGAAAAAAGCCGUCAAGACAGUCCAAGCCACCCCAAACUCCAUAGGCAGCUCAGAAUGGAACGCAGGCUACAGUGCCGGCUACAACGACGCCCUCAACCAUCUUCCGCCACAGAUCUGA